AAAAUAUCCCCUCUCUCUCUCUCUCCUCAUUAUCCCCCUCUCUCUCUCGCCCUUUCAUCUAGGGUUUACUACAUUCCAAAAAAUCCCCAAAUCUAGGGUUAGGGUUCCAUCCAAAAAUGAUGCAACCAGGUACCGGCAUGCCCCCACCCCAGAUGCACCAACAGCAGUACCAGCAGCAGCCCCCGCCCCCGCAGCAGUGGAUGAUGAUGCAGCAGCAACAGCCGCCGCCGCAGCAACCGCAGCAGGGUUACCAGCCGCCGCCGCCGCAGCAGUUCUGGCCCCAGCAGCCUCCUCCGCAGGCGGCGGCGCCUCCGAUGCAGAUGCAGCAGCAGCAGUUCUCGGCCGAGCAGAUGGGCGGCUCGAACGAGAUCAAGUCGCUUUGGAUCGGUGACCUGCAGGGUUGGAUGGAGGAGAACUACCUUUACUCUUGUUUCGCUCAAACUGGAGAGCUCACUUCAGUUAAGGUUAUUCGCAACAAGCAAAGUGGUCAACCCGAGGGUUAUGGUUUCCUCGAGUUCAAGAGUCGUGCAACAGCAGAAACAGUAUUACAGACCUACAAUGGCUCUUUGAUGCCAAAUUCAGAACAGCCUUUCAGGUUGAACUGGGCCACCCUUGGUGCUGGGGAAAGGCGUGCAGACGAUGGUCCGGACUAUACGAUAUUUGUUGGAGAUUUAGCUGCCGAUGUUACUGAUUACUUGUUGCUUGAAACAUUUAAACCUCACUAUACGUCAAUAAAAGGUGCGAAGGUUGUCACUGACAGAAUGACUGGACGCACCAAGGGAUAUGGGUUUGUUAGGUUUGGAGAUGAAAGUGAACAACUGCGUGCUAUGUCUGAAAUGAAUGGAGUCCACUGUUCUAGUAGGCCGAUGCGUAUUGGACCUGCUGCUACCAAGAAACCUGCCAGCGUUCAACCAUAUCAGAAAGCUACCUACCAGAAUUCUCAGGCAAAUCCCGGGGAGAAUGAUCCGACUAAUACAACAAUAUUUGUUGGUGGUUUGGAGGAGAAUGUCUCUGAUGACCUUCUGAGACAAGUGUUUGGCCAGUUUGGUGAAUUGGUUCAUGUGAAAAUUCCGGCAGGCAAACGUUGUGGAUUUGUUCAAUUUGCUGAUAGAGCUUGCGCUGAGCAAGCUCUGUCAGUCUUGAAUGGUACUCAGAUAGGAGGAACAAAUGUUCGACUUUCAUGGGGCCGUAGUCCAAACAAACAGGCUCAGACUGAUCAGACUCAAUGGAACAACGGUGGAUAUUAUGGAUAUGCUGCUCAAGGAUACGAGGCAUAUGGAUAUGCACCACCACCAGCUCAAGAUCCUAAUGCGUACUAUGGUGGCUAUCCUGGGUAUGGGAGUUACCAACAACCACAGCAGUGAUUUGUUGCCAUCCAGAGGACAUCACGAGGGCCACACUGUUCCAGUUUAAGCUGGUUUUUUGAACUGCUUGUAUUAUGAUGCUCGGUUGUUAGUGGACCUAGGUGAUCCAAAGAAUCUUCCUUUUUUUUUUUUUCUGUUUGUCAUCUCUCUUUUUCAGUCCCCCUGUUUCUUUUUGUUUUUAGCCUGAAUGCGACAAACUUCUUCUGAGUGUUGAACUUGUGAAGUAUGUUGACAAAACAUUGACGCACUUCUCCUGUGAUAACUAGAUGUGUGUAUUGUGGGUUUGGCUUGUUACGGUUAUACAAUGGGGUUUUAUUUGGCA